AUGGAAAAGAUCGAAGGCACUCCACUCGACCAAGUCUGGGAUGGAUUUGACGACAACACCAAGUCGCACCUUUGUCAGGACAUCUGGACUAUCGUACAGAAAUUGCAAGGCAUACCUCGGCCGGCAGAACUCUUACAUAUCUAUCAAUGCAGUACUGACGGGACCCCGAGCGAUGACGUGCUCAUUAAAGACCUGAACUCGCCGCCCACCCACUUAUUAAGUGACGAAGCAGUCCGAGCACGCAUCUACGAGCGGUAUCUUUACUUCAAUGGGAGAUUGUACGAAGGCACGCUACCUGACAUGCUACCGCGCUCUGAAGUAUCCGUGUUUACCCAUGGAGACCUCACUCCCAGAAACAUUAUAGUCGAGGGCAGUCGUGUUGCUGGCAUCAUUGAUUGGGAAGAUUCUGGUUGGUUUCCUGAUUAUUGGGAGUAUGCAAACAUUAUGAAACCGUCGAGGGAUAAGGACUGGAUGCAGUGGAUGGAUUCCACAAAGCCGAAAGAGUGGGAUAUUUCAGGCAUUGUGAAAUCUCGAAAGGUCUUAUUCUAA